AUGGCCUUUCUCCGCUUCCUCGCCACUCUCAUGGAGCGUGCAGCUGUCGUAUUCUGGAGGCUUUUACCCUUGCUGAAUCGAACGGCCAUUCCCCUCGUUAGGCGCAUGGAGCACGCUCUCCCGAGGCUUCCGCCGAUUUUGAACGGGACGACGGUCUGGUUUGCUCAGGUCGUACCAAAUAUUCAGGCCCGUUCCUUGCACCUAGGUGAACAACUCAACUUCAACGAGGAGUGGCCAGGCGCGUUGAUGUUCGUCCAUCUGCCAAGUAAUCGGUUUGCACUUAUUUGCCGUGGCACGGGAAUACCAGGGACGAGGACCGCGGUAAUCUUGAGCUCCCUUCAGGUCCGGGCUUAUGAGUGGUCUCACGAAGAGACUCAGAUGGUGUAUCAAGUCAGAAUGGAGACGCCGGCCGACUUUUGGGCUCUUCUGCUGUGCUUUGGGCUACGCAGCACUGACGAAGGGUGGUCGCAGAACGCCUCAGUCGAUCAGGAGUUAGCCCCACUCAUUGCCGCAUUCACGGAUUGCUUGGAAUACGGGGCCUUUGGCGGGAAGCUUGCACUCGCCAACCUCCCUCGGUUGCUCCAGAGUAGGCGGGCUCUUUACAUCGUGGCGUUCGUCAUCGUCACCUUCUGCGCGAUUUAUUUACAAGUCAUGUAUGUGUACGAGUCAAGCAAUUCAUCAUAUGACAUUGGUCUGUCAUUUGUCCCUGUCUCGCCCCACCUUGCUGGUUUCGUCCCGAUACGAGGUAUCACUAAAAGCUGCAAACACGUCUUCCCGUCAAUAUUUCAAUCGUGA